AUUGCCAGCAAGGAUAACGAUAGAGAAAAUUCAGUCAUCAGUGCGCCGUGGCUCCAUCUCCAUCGAAUUGGCAAUGAAAAUGUCCACGCGCCAGUUCUACUUCAGCAAGUACACAAAUUUCCACAAAAAUCACAUCAAAUUGGUUGCUGUUUAUAUGAAAACGGCAAGUCUAAUGCAAAUCUUUAAUGUGCUGAAGCGUUCGCUUUAAGCAGGAGCAGGCCGUCGCCCUGCUCUGCCGGACGGACUGUCGCCGCUGUCGCUCCUGUUCGUGGUUGCCCCGUUGCGGUCGCCGCCUUAGCGACUUCCUUCCUUCCCAUCAUCCAACAACAAAUAUCGGGCUGUGCGUGUGUGUUUGUGUGUGCAAGUGUAUUACAUAGUGCUAUUAAAAUUGAGAAUCCCGUUGGGUUAGAGCUAUAAGACGGUGAAAAUUAGGGUUUAAAAUAAAAAGGAUAUCAAACAGUGGAACAUUUCUGAUAGAUUUACGGGUUAGGAUAUCUACAAAUAAACAUUAGGCGUG